UAAAUCAUAGUCGUUGAAUAAAGUAACGUACUUACAUACUUGCAAUACAAAAAGCUUCGAGUACUUUUUAAGAAAUAAAGCCAUUGAGUCAAGACAUUAAAAAUGAAACGGUCAAAAGGAAAGAAAAUUUUAAUGUAAAAACUAGAAACACCAAACUGGAAAUGAAGUGAGAAAUCGAAGGCCAAACAAUGAAACCGGAUAUUACCAACAAAUUACCAGAAGAGUGUAUUUCUUACAUACUUUCUUUUACAUCCCCAAUCGAUGUUUGUAGAUCAAAGCUUGUCUCUCCUGUCUUCAGAUCAGCCGCUGAUUCGGAUACCAUUUGGGGCAAAUUUCUGCCGCCUGAUUGUUAUGAUAUCAUUUCCAAUUCAUCAUCAUCUUCCAACCAGUUGGUUGCUUCCAUGUCCAAGACCCAGCUGUAUUUCCAUCUUUGCAAUAACCCUGUUGUUAUUGACAACGGUACCAUGGUAAACAGCUUUGGUCUGGAUAAAGCGACUGGGAAAAAAUGUUACAUGUUGGCGGCUCGAAGGCUUUCAAUUGCUUGGUCAAACACGCCUAACUACUGGAGAUGGAGACAUCUGCCUGAGUCUAGGUUCUCUGAAGUGGCUGAGCUCAGACAGGUGUGGUGGCUGGAUGUGAAGGGAACAAUAGAGACUAAAAUUUUGUCUCCUAAGACAACUUAUGUAGCUUACCUUGUAUAUAAAUUUGCAACACCUAGAUAUGGAUUUGAGAAAAAACCUGUAGACCUGCAUGUUGAGUUAGAACAAAGUGAUGCCGGGCGAACUUUUCGUGUAUUCCUAGAUCCUUCAGAAAAUAUUCCUCAAUUUUCUCGUGAGAGAGGAGAUGGGUGGAUGGAGGUUAAGUUGGGUGAGUUCUUCAAUGAACACGGUGAUGAUGGGAAAGCUAUUUGUAGUUUGCGGGAGGUUGAUAACUAUAUCCCUAAGAAGGGCCUCAUUGUUGAAGGAAUUGAUAUUAGGCCUAAAGAUAUCAGAUAGAAAAGAGUUUCAUAGUAUGCCGUGAUAAACAUUAUUGUUUGUGACAUAUAUACAACAUUUUUAGUGGGAACAUUUGCUAGUGUGGUAUACUAUAGUUGUAGAAGUGACGUCCAAUCGGCCUUUCCUGUUCAAGUACUGCUAAUUUGGAUUGUGAAAUCUUUUCUUGAUUAUGGGUGAGAAACCAAACCUUUCAAUUUGUUUACUUAGAUAUGCCGUCUUAGCAAACCAGUAGAAACAAAGAAGUAGAUCUGCUAGAGUGCAAAGCCUGUUACUUUUUGCUAUAUUCAACUACUACAUGAUAGGAUAGAUGGUUAAAAUUUUUAUGUUUAGCUGUGUCGUGCUGAAUGUUGAUCUCUCAAGUCUUAGACUCUUAGUACUGAUCUUUUCAAUGAAAGACUAGUGUGGUCCUUAAGUCUGUUAUCAAAUCACAUGCAUCUGUGCCAUGUAUGUCACUUUAGGCCUAAUCCACCAGCAACCAUUCUCACUUUUGUUCAUAGAAGACAUCUGCCAGCUCUAUUUCCAUCUGUCCACUCAAUUCUUAUCUUGAGAUAAUUACAACCUAUUCAAUAAUUGAAAGCAUUUUUUUAUAUGAGAUUAGGCUUAAAGAUGGCGGAUGGUCACAAUUUCUUCGUAUUUUAUGAUAACUCGAUCAUUUUUAGUAUUUUAUGCUUCUCUUAAUGACAGUUGCAGCAGUAGUGCCUUGAUCAAUCCUUUGCUGUUUUUUAAAGUAAACUGAGAUCCUCAAAUCAAGUAUUGAGUAUUUGAGUCAAAUAACAAAUCUUCCAUUUUAUCUAAUGUUUGAUAGACAAGCCACUUUGCUGCUACCUUUCUUGUCAAUUAUGUUGCUCUGAAUUCUGAAUGUUGGGUAUGACUCAAUGCAAAUCUUCUACAUAAGAGACUGUUGGAGUCUUCAGCCUUUAAUCUGAUAGUGAUAAUAUCAAUUUUACAUGCAUCCCUGCUAUUAGACCUGACUACUCAUUUAUUCGUAUUGUGUAAAAUAUUAAAAUUCAUGUAUUCGUACCAUAUUUUACACGAAAAUUAUAUCAUAAUUCGUGUCAACAUGAAAACAUAUAAUACAUUUUUUCAGAUUUGUUAAACCCAUAUAUAAUGAUUGCUAAAAUUUUAAAUUGUGUCACUUUUGUAUCCAUUUUUCAUAUUGUAUUCAUGUCAUGUUAUCAUGUCAUGUUUUAGAUUGUUAGGUCAAUUUGCUAUUGCUCACUUAUAAGCCAAAAUCUCAUUUCUCUAAGGUUAUCAUCAACCUCUCACAUUGUACAUCAUAAUACCUUUGUGAUCAUACUGUUUGUAACAAUUUGAUUUGCAUCCAAUUCCCCGUCUUGAGUUAGGGAUUUGGUGAUACAUGCGUGUGCGCGCAUGCACGUGUUGUUUCGAUGAUUCAGGUUAGUUCCAUAUUGAUGGCAUAUGGCAUUGAAUUUACCAUCAUGAAUUUCUUGUUGACGCUAAUCUCAAAUGCAUGUGUUUUUUGUGAUAUAAACCAUAUAUUUUUAUUUGGAGCUGCAGAUUAAGUAACCUAUUUACUAUUGAAUUUCUGUUCACAAAAUUGUUAAUAAAAAGAAUAGAAUAAAUUGAAUUUGUAAUGUUUUCUUGAUGUCUUAACCUUUUGAAUAUUGAGAAAAAAUUAAGGACUCACAUGAAAGAAAUUGGAAGUUUAAGGACUGAAAAAGAAUCCAAAUAAAAUGUUUGGGACUGUGGAAUAAAUUACCCGGAUAAAUUCUUGCCCGCUCCCUUGGUUCCCAAACAAAACAAGUUUUGAAAAGUGAAUACUUCAAAAGAAAAAAUUGGCGCCGGAACACGGUACAAAGCCAUCAAAAU